GGGCCUGGCCGGCGUGAGCGCGGCCGCGCGGCCGCGCGGUGGGAGUGCGGGGUCGAGGGGCGGGCGCUCCAGUUCCGGGUCAGACCUUCUCCCACCGGUCGGGGGCCUCUCCUCUCCAUGGCGAGCGGUAGCGGCGCGGGCGCGGCGGCCAACCUGAACGCGGUGAGGGAGACCAUGGACGUUCUGCUUGAGAUUUCAAGAAUUUUGAAUACUGGUUUAGAUAUGGAGACCCUGUCUAUUUGUGUGCGGCUCUGUGAACAAGGAAUCAACCCGGAAGCCUUAUCAUCUGUUAUUAAGGAGCUGCGGAAGGGCGCUGAAGCACUAAAGGCCGCUGAAAACACAAGCUGACUUCCAGAGAAUUCCUGAGGAGAUGUCAAGCGUGGCAAGAAAAUCUGAAGAUUCCAUCGUAGUUGAGAUAUAAAAUGACAAUGCCGCAUGCUGCGCAGAGAAUGUUUUCUUUUCAAAAGAAUUAUAAAACCACAGCUGGGCGAGUCAGCAGGAAGUGGCGAGAGAGGACUAGUGCGCGUUUCCGUUGCGUCCUGUUGCCGAUGGCCCGGCUCCAUGGUGUUGCUCUGCUUAUUUAUGUACUCCUUAUUGAUAGCUCUGCUAGCUGUGAGUCUCUAAACAGCAUCUAGCAAAGAUAUGCACAGCUGCUGGGCCUGGUAAUGGAUCACAUCAGAGGUGUGCGUAGUAGUUAUGACUUGUUGACAUUUCCAUUAUAAACCUUAAUUUUGAAUUAUUUAAGCAUAAAAACUGUGGCUGUAUUCCUUUGAGCUGCAAGAAUUGAUGAGUUUCAAGCUGCCUGCCAUUUGUGAAUUUUGCUUUCUGUGUUUCACAUCUUGUUUUUAAAAAUAGGAUAAAAAACAUGUCCUCUCAUCAUCUCCUUAACAGAAUAUUUAGUUUUUUACACAGUUUUUGGCAAUUAAAGGUGUAAAGAAAAUCAUUUUUAUAUUGCCUAAAACUAGAACUUGUAGAAAUUUGGAAUUUUAAAAAGGAAUGUCAGGGCUUGACUUAGCAUUAUUUGUAGUUUGAACCAUUUGAAUCUAAUUAGAGAAGCUGAAAAUGCUUUCUUUAUAAAUCUUAUACCCAAAUAAGGGUCUACAGAAUAAUGUAUAAAGUGAAAAUAGCAAACAUGGGAAAUUCCUUUUUAAUUUUAUUGCAUAAAAGCAAUAAGCUUACUAGUGAAUCUUGAGUGGCUAUUAAGUCACUACGUAGGUGAUAUGUUUCAACCAAUUAAUUCUUAUUUUCUGAAGAAGUAGGAUUUCCAGUUGUUAAACAAAAACUAAUCAAAUAUAUACCAGUGACUUUAAGUAUUAUUUGCAGAAAAUUUUUCUGUCAUUAUUAUUUUUACCAUUAAAACUUUUAACUCAUCAAAUGAAGGUCAAAGAUAAAUUAAAAAACUUUAUUAUGGGGACUGGAGAGAUAUCUCAGUGGUUAAGAGCACUGACUAUUUUCCAGAGGUCCUGAGUUCAAUUCCCAGCAAUCACAUGGUGGCUUACAACCAUCUGUAAUGGGAUCUGAUGCCCUCUUCUAGUGUGUCUGAAGACAGCUAUAGUGUACUCACAUAGAUAAAAUAAAUAAAAUCUUUAAAAAAAAAAAUUACGAUGGAAUUGAUUCUGUUAAGUUUGAUUCCAUGCCAAACCUUUUUUGUUUCAGACAAGCAAAGGUGGUUUUCAAACCCUUUAGUAAUUAAGUAGCUAGUUCCUCUGUGCUCUCAAACUAAUCUCAUCUGUUAAUCAGUAGCCCUGCUAUCAGAGGCUGAGGCAGGGGAAUUCUGAAUUGCAGGCCAGCUUGGGCUAUGUGGGCAACAUAGUGAGUCAUGAUCUCAAACAAAAUCUUGGCUGGUCUCUAUUUUGACUUUUUAAAUGUAUGACAUCUUUAGUAAGGAAUUUACUGUAUAUGAAAAUAUUAAGAUGGCUAUAGAAUAUGCAUUAUACAAUUACAUCUUAACCCUUGAGUAGGGGUGUGUUGUGGAUGGGCCUGGUACUGUUUGUAUGUUGAUGCUAAUUCCACUCUCCUGGGAGGGGCUGCAGACAAGGAGUGAGUCAAACUCAGGUGAUUUCUUGUGAACCAAUCCCCUAGUGAAUAGAGGAGCCAAUCACUGGGCAAGUAGGCGGGACUUCUGCAGAAAGGAAGCGGGAGAGAGUUAGGCCUUUUUGGACAGGCAUAGUGUGAGAACAGGAUGCAGCCUCCCAGUUUCAAUAGCAGAUUCGCCAGAGGAUUUAGAUUUAAUGAGGCAUACAAGUUACGAUUUUAGUUGUUGCCCCCAGUAAUUGUUGCCAUUGUUUCUAAACUAAGUUUGUAUUGUGUUUUCCUUCACGCAGUGGCUCCUCUGGGUUCAAGAGAGAACUGCGGCAAGGUGUGGGUUUGCCUGAGGUGCACCACAAAGGUCAUGAGGUUUUGAAACAUGGUGCUGGCAUGGUAGCGACCCAUCAAUGGGAACCUAGUGAGCAGGGUGGAGAGAUCAUGGAGUUCUGAGUCAGAGUCUCCACCAGAUAAAAACAGGUCAGCCAUAGGCCACCAGGGCAGAGACUUGGUGGCACAAGUGCAGGAAUGUGCCGGUUCGUUUUUUUAAUAUUUCCCACGACAGGGGUGGAAUUCUUCUUUCCUAGUAGUGAGAAGAGAUAAUUACAUUAGCAUUGAUUUGGCUUUAAAAUUCAUUUGACAAUUCAAAUAAAUGUAAUAUUUUUUUCUAUA